AUGGUCAACAAUGCUCUUCAUCGACAUCACGAACAAGAAGCAAACGGUAGUCAUGAUGAAGAGUCUCCAAAUGAAGCCACUCAGAGGUUUUACAAAUUACUGACAGAGGCAAAUCUACCUGUAUUUGAAGGUUCAUCUGAGUCAAAGUUGUCAGUGUCCAUCAGACUGUUGGCUGCAAUGACAGGACAAGGUUCAGAUAAACCUGAUAAAGGAAAAGGGGUAGCCAGGCCUAAAAAAAGGCAACGGAAGGCCCCAAAGUAUGUACUUAGGGUGCCUAGUACACUACCUACCCCUACAGUACAACCUCCCUCUACUCCUGCAGUACACCCUCCUUCUCCUACCCCUGCAGUACAUCCUCCUCCUCCUACCCCUGUUGUACACCCUCCUGCUCCUACCCAUGCAGAAGAGCCUCUGCCUCCCCCUGUGAUUAUUAUUCCCACUCCUCCCCCUGUCAUUAUUACCCCCACUCCUCCCCCUGAGGUUAUUACCCCCACUCCUCCCCCUGACCCUACUUCUAUAGCUUCCUCAUCUUCUACACCGCCUUCAGCUGCUGAUGCUGAAGAUGUUGACCCGCCUUUCCAUGAUCGACCAUGGAUUGAGCCAUAUGGAAAAGGGUUUAUUCCCUCCAGAGUUGCUUCCCAGGCCAUAACACGUUCAAUUAAGCAACAGUAUUUGACUCCAUGGCCUACUUGGGGAGCCAUACCUAUAGACGACAGAAAGCCAUUCUGGGAGCGUUUUAAGAAGAAGGUGCAGUGGAAAGCUGAGCAUGAAAGUCAAAUUCAUAGAAAUUUUCACAUGAAAGCAUCUCAUCGGCUCUCAGAGAUGUUUAGGGAUGCUAGGAUUGCAGGGGAGCGCCCUGACUGGAUGGGCGAAAUUAUUUGGAACUCUUUGCUUGCACAUUGGAACACAGUAGAGUUUCGUAAGAAGUCUGCUACAGCCCAGAAGAAUAGAUCGUCUGAAAGGGGUGGUGCCUUGCAUACUGGUGGGUCGAUCACGAUUCACGAGCAUGCCAUUCGUAUGGUAAUCUCUUCAAGCUGUUUCUGUCCAGAUUUUCUUGUCUCUUAA